GGGGUUGGCUGAGAGGUCGAGAUCCCGCCCUAGACGAGCCGCGUCGGGAGGGGGGAAAGACUCGCCGCUGCCAUGGUAACGGCAGACGCUGCGCUGGAGCUCGGCUCCCCGGGGGCCGCAGCAGGCGCUGGAGACCGCCAGGUGAGCAGUAGAUAUGGAUCAAGACAGCGUUUCCUCAUUCUCUUCUCUGCAAGCUCUUGCUAAACUGCUUGCUGACCCUGAGGAAGAAGACAGUGAUGACAAUGACUUUGGGUCACAUUCUUCUUCUGUUAGCACUGUGGGGCCCGAGAGUAUCGGACCAGCAAAGAAAGCAGAGCCCACAGUCACCCCUGAUGUGAAGUCUGGAAAUAGUAAAGAUAUCUGGAAUACAAAGGAGGUGCCAGAAGGAUCAGAGUUUGAUGAUAUCUGGGAUCCAAGGGAACAGCCAGAUUUUGUCUCUGCUAGGUAUGAGAUUUUAUUCAAGCAGCAGGUAGGAGCGGAGGACAUCUUCCUGGGGAUGAGCAGAAAGAACCCUUCCACAGCCUGUUGCGAGGACAUGCUGAUUAAAAUCAAACUGCCAGAUACAAAGUCCUCAGACAUUACACUUGACAUCCAGGACAAGAUUCUUGACCUUCGAACCCCAAAAAAGAAGCUGCUACUGCAUCUCCCCCACCCUGUGGACAGCAAGAAUGGCAAAGCUUGUUUCAUUUCAGAAAAGGAGACCCUUGAAGUCACCUUGAGGAUGAAAAGAGAGUUUGACUUCAUCAACUUUGCCUAAGGGAAAAUGGGGAAUGUUUUCAAAAGUGAUCUAUAUGGCUACCUGAUUGAUAGCCAAACGUUGGCCUAUUCCCCUUGGGAAUGGUUCAGGAUUGAUCUUUCCACUGCAGUUCCUGGUUGUGCAGUUAGGCAGUGUGAUGAACCACCCCAUAUGUCUAUUGGGGGUGAAUAGGAACCAGAGGUGUCGGAGCAAGUAUAGUAUAGUAUUUCUAUCUCUGUGCAAUUCUAUCCCUGAGCUUGGGAUCCCAGCCUUACCAUAUAAAUUCUCUGAACCUCUGAAUUUUCUCUGAAGUCAUCUUGGUGUGUGAGCGUGACCCAGAACACCAGCUGCAAUGGCCAAUGGAACAGGACUGUGAGACACCUUUUCUGCCUCUUAGAUAAAAUCCUGCAGAGAUCAUAGAUGGAGAUGAUCCAAUCUUUAGCCUCUCCUGGAACUCUACUGUUUGUUGUGCGGGGUUCCCAGGUUAAGCUUGAUCUUCCCCUGUUAGAUAGCACUCAUCAUUGCAUAUCUCAGAAAGGAGAUGCCUGUGAGUAUGUGUUUUGGAAUAGAAGCCAUGGAUCUGAUCCAAAACCCAUUGAAGUCAACGGAAACACUCCUAUUGACUUCACUGAGCUUUGGAUUAGGCCUUAGAUGGUGGUGCAUCACUUGGUCCAGAGGGCAGGACCAAGACCAGACAUAUAUAUUUGGUUUGAAUUAUUUGUCACUGGGUUGCUGCUGUUAAUGUGAUGCUGUAGUCUACACUCCAUGCAUAAUUAAAAUGUUACUCCUACUCUAA